AUGGCGAAGAAGGUAAACAGCGAACCAAUCAUGUCUAAAUUGGCUGAUGAGUCAAAUAGCAUUGAGUCGGCUAUUGUUGACGACAACGACAAUGACGACUUUUAUACCUCGUCAAAUGGAAGCACGUCUCUGUUUAGUGAGUCACCCCAAUUGAUGCGUAGCGACUCAUCGACUGCAAUCCCGUUUUUGGAUCUAUCUAAGCUAGUUUUUGCUAGAGACUUUGAUUUUGGGCUAGAUUUGAAUGGAGUCAGCAACUCAACAAAGAGGAGGAUAAAUAGCGUGAAGAAGAAGACGAAGGAGAAGUUUAACAUAUACAACAAGAAAGGCAAUAUCGAGUUGGACAAGUUGCAAGACAUUUUGAACCAAAGAUUGGCCAAGUUUGAUGAAAGAAUCCACAAGAACCUUACGAGUUCAUCGACUGAAAAGUUGUUUUACGCUGUCAGUGUAUUUAUUAUUGCCUGUGCUGGAUUCACAAUUGGUAAAUAUCCAGAAUACUUUCCCCAUUUUCACACUGCAAUCUUUGUUGUGUUGAUGCCAAUUAGAUUCUACACUUAUUUCAAGCAGUCGUUUCAGUACUACUUGGCUGACUUGUGCUAUUAUGUGAAUUUGUUAUUGAUGUUGUUCAUUUGGGCCUUUCCACAAUCACCAACAUUGUUUGUAUCGGUAUUUUCAUUGUCAUUGGGCACUUUGUCAUGGGCGGUAAUCACUUGGAGGAACUCAUUGGUGCUUCAUUCGGUGGAGAAAACCACCUCUUCUUUUAUCCAUAUUAUGCCUCCAGUCACGAUGUUUGUCAUGGUCCACGAACUAAGUCCGGAAUAUGUUCAAGAACGAUACCCUGGAAUCGCCGCCAUCGAUAGCUGGAACUUUAUCACCAGUCUUGUUGUUACGUCGGUAUAUUACACAAUUUGGCAAGUUUGUUACCACUACUUUAUCACAAUAAAACGCAAAGCGGAAAUCGAAAAGGGUAAGGUCACCUCUUUUUCAUAUUUGAAAAAGAAAAAUAGGUCAACGCCAUUGGGAAAGUUUGUCAAUGGUUUGCCCUACUUGUGGAUGCAAACUCUUGCGUUUACGUUGAUUCAAUUUGGAUACCAGCUACUCACGAUGUUGCCUUGCCCCAUUUGGUUCAGGUACAAGCAUGCGUGUGGUGCUUUUGUCACAUUUAUAUUUAUUUGGGCAAGCUACAAUGGAGCUACGUGGUACAUUGAUGUGUUUGGAAAGAGGCUAGAAAAGGAGGUUGAAAAGUUAAAGAGAGAAGUUGGAAAGUUACAGCAAGAAAACCAUCAGUUGCUGCUUUCGCCCUUGAACCAGCCCCAGGCCGGAGAAGAUGUCAAGCCUUAUGACUUGGAUGGUGAAUUAAAGGAGAAUUCAAUAAGCUGA